AUGCACAAACAACAAUUAGCAAUUCAUCAUAGGAUACCAAGUAUAUGCUUAACAUUCGUGAGGAAUAAAAUUAAAUUUAUAGAAAAUAUGUUACUUUGGACGGUAGCAUUUGUUCUGGGACUGGUUGUGACUACGCACAGCCAUCCAAGGAACCAACUUAAAAAACAAAGUGUGUCCAACAACUUCGAAUUUGUAUCAAGACAAGAAUGGGAGGCGAGGCCACCCACCGGUAUCACUGAGUUGAACCUCCCGGUGCCCUACGUAAUCAUUCACCACUCUUAUCAACCUGGAGCAUGCUACACUAGGGAAGAUUGUAAAAGUGCUAUGCGUUCCAUGCAAAACUACCACCAACUGACACAGAAAUGGAACGACAUUGGAUACAACUUCGCAGUGGGUGGAGAUGGGGCUGUAUACGAAGGUCGUGGGUGGAAGGCAGUUGGAGCGCAUGCCUAUGGAUACAACGUUAUGAGCAUUGGGAUAGUUCUAAUAGGUGAUUGGGUUUCUGAAGCACCUCCUUCACAUCAACUAGAAACAGUUAAGAAGCUAAUCGCAACUGGAGUAGAGCUGGGCUACAUUAGCUCAGACUAUUCGUUAGUCGGACAUCGACAAGUUGUCAGUACCGAAUGUCCCGGACAAGCACUGUUUCAGGAAAUUUCGUCCUGGGACAGGUUCCGAUAUGAUUUAUAA